CGGAGUUGGCGGGAAAGUGGAGGUGGUGCAGUAUGGCGGCUGCGGCGUCCGCGUCCGAGUCGCCGUCCUCGGGUGGCCCCGGGGCCGUCCGGCUGCCGCGCUCGCCGCCACUCAAGGUGCUGGCAGGACAGCUGCGGCGGCACGCAGAGGGUGGCCCGGGCGCGUGGCGGCUGUCGCGGGCGGCGGUGGGCCGCGCUCCGCUGGAGCUGGCGGCCGUGUGGAUGCAGGGGACCGUGCUGGCGGCAGAAGGCGGCCAAGCGCGGCUACGGGACCCGAGCGGGGCCUUCUCCGUGCGCGGCCUGGAGCGUGUACCACGAGGCCGGCCCUGCCUGCUCCCAGGAAAGUAUGUGAUGGUGAUGGGGGUGGUUCAGGCCUGUAGUCCUGAGCCCUGCCUGCAGGCUGUGAAGAUGACGGAUCUUUCUGACAAUCCUGUCCACGAAAGCAUGUGGGAACUUGAGGUGGAAGACUUACACAGGAACAUUCCUUAGAGCUGGGACCCUCUAAGAACAGUUUACCCCCAUAUGGGUCUCAGGAGCAUCACAAAAGUUUCUUGAAGAUAUUUGCUUUGGUUUCGCCAGACGUCUGGACCCUGGGAGCUGGAGCUUCAGUUGUUUCAGCUGCUCCUCCUUCCUGCCAGUGCUUUGCUUGCUGAUGAGAAGCACAUGCCCCCCUGUCGUGUGUGUGUGUGUGUGUGUGUGUGUGUGUGUGUGUGUGUGUGUGUGUUCCUUUUUCUUGCUGGAGCACAUGGAAAGCUCAUGUUGUGGUUUCCAGAUUCUGUGAGUGAUAACACUUUCCCUUUGACCGUACCUCUGAAUUUCAGUUGUUGCCAAUGGAUUAAAAUUACAGACAUGUGGACAAAAUCGUGUAGUGGUCUGCCCCCCAUCACCAGCUAUUGCCAUCUUGUAGGGGCAGGUACCAGCCCCUUGCUGACAGCUCUCUCUCACGUUCAAUGUGCUCAUUCCUCAUUGUCUGUUUCCUUAGAUUCUGAAGCUGAGGCCAGCUGUUGAGAAUGGUCAGAAUUCUCACAAUUCUCUGUUGAACUUAAAAAAUCCAAGAUGGAGAUAGACUUUUCAAGCACUUCUGCUUCAGAACUGUGUGGAUAGACUUCCAGGAUGGAAUAGCCAACAGGCUUAGAGUCCUGAUCUCCUUUCUGUAUGAAAGGCCUUUCUGUUGGGAUUGUAUCAGUAUUGGGUUUUGGCUUUCUGCUGACUACCCAGGCUAGAGUCAUAUUUGGAUGACAAAGACCAAGCAAUCCAUCUUAUGUUACAAUCUUGCCUUAGAACUCUUCCUAGUAACAUUUUUGCAUGGUGUAGUUUGUAAAAGUAAGCUCUGUUAUCUGUCUGUCUUAUAUAGCUCAGUAGUCUCCAUUCCAGACUUGGAGAUUACUCUGUGCACUACUGUGUCUGCAGUGCUGGGGGUGGAGCCAGGGCUGCCUGCAGGCUAAGCAAACACUGUAUUACUGAGCCACGUUUCCAGCCUAAAAUGUUGAUUUAUUAAAACAGUUUUAGGUUUUCAGAAAAAAUGAAGAACAGAAAGUGUUCCCAUAACCACCCCUGAAGCUGAGGCCAUGUAUGUGUUAAGCAAUGUGUUAAGCAAUGUGUAAAGGCUGUGUAUGUGACACUGUCAAUGAGCUAGAGCCCAAGCUCUUGUAUGUUUAAGGCUAGCCAGAUGUGGCAGGCCUUCUGCCUCAGUCUCCAAAGUGCUGCGAUUGUGGCCCACAUCUCACACUCGGCUCCCACGACCAGCCUCCCCUGAAUUGCCAUGAGCAUCAGGUGGUAAUUGCCACCAGGAAAGCUAAGGAGUCAUCUGGCAGGAGAUGGACAGCGAGGGACAGGAGAGGACAAGGACUCAGACAUGAUCUAGACCUGCCCCCUUCCUGCCCCUCCACCCCUUAGAAAAAGCAUUGAGGCCUUCAGCCCAAUUCGUAGCUCAGGCAGACCUCAGAUUUACCAUCUUCCUGCCUCUGGUUAGCUGGGAUUGCAGGCCUGCUCCUCCAGCCCUGCUUACAUAGAUGACUUUUAAAAAAAGAUUUUAUCUUUAGUUAUGUGUACAUGGGGUGCUUUGGAGCCCAGAAGAGAGUGUUGAUAAAUAAACUUAGUCAUAGAUCAGCCCUGUGCCAGGCAGCUCACAACUUCUGUAAUUCCCUGUAGUCCUAAGCAUCUGACGCCUUCUUCUGGCUCCUGGAAAACCUCACAACAUAGUAUACAGACUUGAAAUAAAUACUCUUAAAAAAAUAAGUCUUAAAAAAUAAAGAAGGUUUAAGAA